GCCGGCGGCUGGAGCAGGUGAGGGCCCGAGCGGCCCGCCGGGGAUGAGCCAUGGCUUCAGUGAAGGUGGCCGUGCGAGUGCGGCCCAUGAAUCGCAGGGAGAAAGACCUUAAUGCAAAGUUUAUUAUUUCAAUGGAGAAAAAUAAAACGACAAUCACAAACCUAAAGGUACCAGAAGGUGGUACUGGAGACACAGGACGAGAAAGAACUAAGACAUUUACCUAUGAUUUUUCCUAUUUCUCAGCAGACAGUAAAAGUCCCAGCUUUGUUUGUCAAGAAAUGGUUUUCAAAAAUCUUGGUACAGAUGUGCUUAAAUCUGCUUUUGAAGGUUACAAUGCUUGUGUUUUUGCAUAUGGACAGACUGGAUCUGGGAAGUCCUAUACCAUGAUGGGAAAUGCGGGUGAUGCUGGUUUAAUACCUCGAAUUUGUGAAGGUUUAUUCAGCAAAAUAAGUGAAAAAACAAAGCGGAAUGAGGCAUCCUUUCGAACAGAAGUGAGUUAUCUGGAAAUUUAUAAUGAGCGUGUGAGAGAUCUUCUCAGGCGGAAGUCAUCAAAAACUAAUAAUUUACGAAUACGGGAACAUCCAAAAGAAGGACCGUAUGUUGAGGAUUUGUCUAAACAUUUAGUGCAAAAUUACGGUGAUGUAGAGGAACUUAUGGAUGCAGGAAAUAUAAAUAGAACAACGGCUGCAACUGGAAUGAAUGAUGUCAGUAGCAGGUCACAUGCCAUUUUCACAAUCAACUUCACUCAGGCUAAAUUUGAUUCUGAAAUGCCUUGUGAAACUGUUAGUAAGAUCCAUUUAGUAGAUCUUGCUGGAAGUGAGAGAGCAGAUGCCACUGGUGCCACAGGGGUUCGAUUAAAGGAAGGAGGGAAUAUUAACAAAUCUCUAGUUACUCUGGGAAAUGUAAUUUCUGCCUUAGCUGAUUUAUCUCAGGAUGCAACAAAUCCUCUUUCAAAGAAGAAACAAGUGUUUGUGCCUUACAGGGACUCUGUGUUGACUUGGCUGUUAAAAGACAGCCUAGGAGGAAACUCUAAAACGAUUAUGAUUGCCACUAUUUCACCUGCCGAUGUCAAUUAUGGAGAAACUUUAAGUACACUUCGCUAUGCAAAUAGAGCCAAAAACAUCAUCAACAAGCCUACUAUUAAUGAGGAUCCUAACGUCAAACUGAUCCGUGAGCUGAGAGCUGAAAUAGCCCGAUUAAAAGCCCUGCUUGCUCAAGGGAAUCAGAUUGCACUCUUGGAUUCUCCAACAGCUUUAAGUAUGGAAGAAAAGCUUCAGCAGAAUGAAGCAAGGGUACAAGAGCUGACCAAAGAGUGGACAAACAAGUGGAAUGAAACCCAAGAUAUUCUGAAAGAACAAACUUUGGCUCUGAGGAAAGAAGGGAUAGGUGUUGUGUUAGAUUCUGAACUGCCUCAUCUCAUUGGCAUUGAUGAUGACCUUCUGAGUACUGGUAUCAUCUUGUACCACUUGAAGGAGGGCCAAACAUAUGUUGGUAGAGAAGAUGCUGUGACAGAACAAGAUAUUGUUCUUCAUGGUCUUGAUUUGGAAAGUGAGCAUUGCAUCUUUGAAAAUCUCAACGGUACUGUGAAUCUAAUACCACUGAAUGGAGCACAGUGUUCUGUGAAUGGAAUUCAGAUUACAGAGGCCACACACCUAAACCAAGGUGCUGUUAUAUUACUCGGGAGAACCAAUAUGUUUCGCUUUAACCACCCCAAAGAAGCUGCUAAGCUAAGGGAAAAAAGAAAGAGUGGACUGCUGCCUUCCUUCAGCUUGUCUAUGACAGAUCUUUCAAAAUCUUGUGAGAACCUGUCAGCAGUUAUGCUUUAUAAUCCAGGACUAGAGUUUGAGAGGCAGCAACGAGAGGAGCUUGAAAAAUUAGAAAGUAAAAGGAAACAAAUACAAGAGAUGGAAGAAAAACAAAGAUCUGACAAAGCAGAACUUGUAAGAAUGCAGCAAGAAGUAGAGUCACAGCGCAAAGAAACAGAAAUAGUACAGCUGCAAAUACGAAAACAAGAAGAGAGCCUGAAACGGAAAAGUGUUCACAUUGAGAGCAGGUUAAAGGAUUUGCUGGCUGAGAAAGAAAAAUUUGAAGAAGAGAGAUUACGGGAACAACAGGAGAUAGAGCUUCAAAAGAAGAAGCAGCAGGAAGAAAUUUUUGCCCGAGUCAAAGAGGAGUUGCAGCGACUACAAGAACUUAAUCAUAACGAAAAAGCAGAGAAAAUGCAGAUUUUCCGUGAGCUAGAAAAACUUAAAAAGGAAAAAGAUGAACAGUAUGUUAAGCUGGAAUUGGAAAAAAAGAGACUUGAAGAACAAGAAAGGGAGCAGGUGAUGCUGGUGGGCCAUUUGGAAGAACAGCUUCGGGAGAAGCAGGUCAUGAUAGAGCUCCUGAAGAGAGGGGAUGUACAAAGAGUUGAAGAAGAGAAAAGAGAUCUUGAAGAUAUUCGGGAAUCUUUUUUGAAAGUCAAGGAAGCCCGAUCUGAAGGUGAUGAAAACAGUGAAGAGUUAGAAAAAGCUCAGCUUGAUUUUGUAGAGUUUAAAAAGAAACAGCUGGAACAGUUGACUAUUUUGGAAAAAGAUUUAGUUCAACAAAUGGAUCACCUAGAAAAGGAAAUAGCUGAUGAAGAAAAAGCUCUGGAACAGUUAAAAUUUGCACAUGAAGAACAUUUAAAACUCAAGAGAGAUGAUGAAAACUUUGUGGAUGCUGUACUCAAGGUUGAAGAAGUUGACGAGAUAAAGUCAGCAGAGUACAGGCUCCAAUCUAAAGUACGCCAGCUUGAGUACCUGAAGAGUAAUAAUUUGCCAGCUCUGCUGGAAGAAAAACAAAGAGCUUCUGAAGUCCUUGAUAGGGGCUUGUUGGGUUUGGAUAAUACUCUCUAUCAAAUAGAGAAAGAAUUAGAAGAAAAAGAAGAGCAGCUUGCCCAGUAUAGAGCUAGCACAAAUCAACUGCAGCAGCUACAAGAAACCUUUGAAUUCACAGCCAAUGUAGCUCGUCAGGAAGAAAAGGUUCGGAAAAAGGAAAAAGAAAUCCUUGAAUCAAGGGAAAAACAGCAGAGGGAGGCACUGGAGCAAGCUGUUGCUAAGUUAGAAAGGAGGCACUCUGCUUUGCAACGUCGUUCAACGAUAGACUUUGAAAUUGAAGAGCAGAAACAGAAGCUUGCCACCUUGAACAACAGCUGUGAUGAACAGGCAGGUCUGCAGGCUAGUCUGGAGGCUGAGCAGAAAGCCCUUGAACAAGACAGAGAACGCCUGGACCAGGAAAUUCAGCAGCUGAAGCAAGAAAUAUAUGAGGGUGAUGGUGGUCAGAAAGGAAAUCAUGGAACUUUAGAAGAGAGACUCUCCCAUACCACUUCCCCUACCAGCCCAACAAAGCCACAGCUACCCGCUGCUCCGCUAGUUGAUGAUAGGAUAAAUGCCUUUAUUGAACAAGAAGUGCAGAGGAGGCUCCAGAAUAUUCAUCAUAAAGCUGAGGAUAAUGAUGUUAGCCUGUCCUGGUCUACAGAAAGUUUAAAGGAUAAUGAGAGGCUUAAUAAUGGCACUAUUCAGCGCAAGCUGAAGUAUGAGAAAAGUCAGCAGUGGCAGCCACAUUAUGGCUUUCCAUUUAUGUCUAAAGAUGGCAAUUGUGCUUCUGAGUUGUGUGGAGAAAACACAGAAAUAAGAGACCAUAAGAGACAGAAGGAAUAUACAGAGAUGUGGGAUUUAUUUUCCACUUCUGGAAGAAUCUCCUGCCCUUUUGCAUCAGAGAAGGCAUUUGAGAAUGAAAGGCAUAAUUCAGAACAGGAGAGCUUUGCUUGUUGUUGUGACAUUGAAAGUAGUUCAAUUCACUCUCAAAAUCUUAAUACUUUAAAGAGUAAGAAUUCUCUGUAUCAGAAUGUUUUAUCUAGUUCUUUACGAAGUCAUGACUUAAAUAAUGUGGCUUACUUGCACUUCAAGGGUGAAAAUUUCAAUCAUUUUGACAAUAAAUUAAUUACUUCUCUGAAUUGUGACAGCUCAAGAACUGAAUCUGAUUGUUCCCACUUGAAACGGCUGUCUCCAGUAGCAUCCUUAAUGGGUGCUAAUGAGCAGGCUGGCUUUAACAGCAUAUCAUGCCUUCUCUUUUCUCAGUCUAAUGUGCAUUCUGAGAUCAUAAAUUCUAAAGAAAACAGCCCGUUUAAGACGGAGCAACCACCAAUCGAAGACCAGUCUAGUAAUUCGCAGCUUCCAACACAAAAAGCCUCUGAUUCGAUUUCUUUUAAGUCAAUAGUUUCUCAUUUUAAUGUGAGUCCUGAGCACACCUAUGGUUUGGGAUAUCUUUUCAGUAAGCUUUCCUGCCUUUACAAAGGUGCCAGUAGCCAGCUGCUCAACAGUACAGUGGUUUCUAAACAAAUUAAGGAGUUGGGAAGUUUGUGUGACAGAAGUGAGACAUACACACAAGCAGUAUCACUACUUAAAAAUCUGCCGUUUGUAAAAAACUUGCGGGUAAAUAUAUUCUUCAAGCCAGAUAUGAAUCAAGACACGUCCCACGCUACUGAUGACACCAACGCUCAUACUGAAAAUGUCGUUCAGCCUGAAUCCCCUGUGAAAGAGGCUUUUGCAAUGUCUGUAAGCACAGGAAUCUCCGAUGGCUGUGUGAGAAAACCCUCUGAAGGAUUUGCUUGCCGUUGUAAAAAUGAAGAGCUGGAAAACAGCCUUGUGUUGAGACAAAAAUUUGUGCAUUUUCCUGAUGUCUUUUUGAAGCUUCAGGUCUGUUCUCUGGAAAAAGUGCUGGAUUUUUUGACCUGUUCUUUUCCUCAAAUUUGUGUUAGAAUGGCGGAGUUGAAAGGUAUCUAUUGGCUUGCUGUUGGCAAUCCCAGAACACCUGAUCCAGAACCUGCUUGCAUGCUUUUGUUCAGCUCUGUACUGUAUGUUGUUUCAUCAGUUCAAGAAGACAUCUGCCAGAGUUCCUUGGCAAUGUUUCAUGAGGUUCCCAUUGUCACAAUAAAGGAGAUUCAAGUUGGCUUUGCUGGACAGAGUAUUAGUCUUCUGUGUUCUGCUGAAGAUGGUUUACUCACAGUAUUUACCUAUAACAAAAGCUUCACUCAAAGAAUUUGCCAUGACAUACUCAGCGUUUUGAUUCCUACAAUGGAUGAUGCUGUUUAUUUAAAUCACCAGCUCUUGAGAGAUGAUUUGAUGCAGCUUUCACUUGACUGGACAUCAGAAGUAAAUGACUUAGUGUUUUCAAAUGGAGUACGAUUGUCCUGUAAAUUUAGAACUGAAUUAGCUGAUUUGGUGUACUUACUCCAUGAAAAUAUGGGAAGUAUUAAACCCUCAUUAGGUGAUGUUCGUGUACUGCUGUAUACCUCAGUGAAAGCAGAGUGUGCUAAGCAGACUGUGCAUAGAGCUCUUGUUCUUUCAGCUACUCAUAUAGGUCUCUUAAGGGAAAAUAUCAUUUAUCCUGCACCUAAGUUUUUGGAUGCUUCAUGCCAGCGAUCACAAUUUGACAGCCUUCAGUUGUACAGUUUGAAUGAUAUCCGAUGUGUAGUUUUGCCAGACAAGGAUAAUUUCACAAAAAUUGAGCUUCUGUUUUCUAGAAGAAGCAAGGUUGGAUCUGAUUCAGGAAUUGUUUUUUCUGAAUACUGUGAAAAAGAAACAAAUACUCAACUGACAGUCAUCCCAUCAGUUCUUCAAAGCAGUUUGCAUAUCCCUCCGGAAAUCUGGAAAUUAACAUUCAGUUCAAGUGAAGAAGCCAUUUGGCUACUUAUGCAUCUGACUAGGUGUUGAAAUCCAAAUACAUUUAUAUAUGUUCAAAAUAAGAGGCUAAUAAAUAUUGAUAUUUUUUUUUUUUUUUAAUAUCUAUAAGCAAAGGAGUCCUUUGAGCCUCUAAGGGAAUAAUGUAGGGUGUGUGCACACAUCUUAACAAAAAUCAUUACUACUUGAGUGCUUAUUUUUUUGAGUCUCAAAUGCGCUGUACAUAACAUCUACUAGGGAAGGUUAGGAAAUUAAAUGUUUCUAUCCUAUGUGGUAGGUGCAGCAGAACUAUAAUUACAGCUGUGCCUUCUGAUUUCCAUUUUGGCUGUGUUUCUGGCUCCCUCCAUCUGCUAUCUGUCUUCAUUAGUGUCUUCUCCAUUCCUCUUUGAUUGCCUUUUCCUUAAUCUUUCAGAGUAUCUUUGUUUUUCAUGCUUCUUAUUUAUUUAAUAUCCUUGAUCUCAGUGUUUCAAAACAUCUGCAAUACUACUUUUUGUCUGAACUAUAAGGCGUGUUUAGGUUCCUAUGGUACAUUCACUGUAUGUUCUUAAUACAGCUUUUAUACUUCAAAUUUUGGAAAGAAUAGCAUUGACAAUUUGCUUCUGCUUCAGAGUUUUGCAUUAAGGAUUAUUGAGCUUCUGCAUUAAACUUUGUUACAGGUGCAAAAGGAGUCAUGUUUGGCUUAUUCUAAGCAUGUUAGCUGAGUUGCCAGAAGUUGAUGGAUUUGCCAUAUCUUUUUUCUCUUGGGUUUGCCCCCCUUUGCCUGGGGCCAGGAAAGUGUAGGCAAUAUGGAAGCCAUGUAACUGAAGAAGAAAAAUACAGAGAACUUCCAAUACUCUUUUUAGAUUUCUUCCUCCCUUCCUUUUUGUACAGGGAAGCAAUGCAUGGCUUUAUGUCAUUCCUAUUUAUAUUGUACAAGUUAACUUCUACUUGUCCAAUAUAGAAUAAAUCUUCAUAGUCUCUUGAUGCGAGUGUUUAAGGAAAAUGCAAUGUGAAAAUUAAUGUGGUUAAAGGGUUUAAACAGGUGUUGGUUUUGCUGUAAAUAGCAUUUUAACCUUUGGUUAUGCUACUAUACCUGUGGUAGGACAAACAUUUUGGGGUUUAUGGUCUGUGUACAGGUUUCUCAUGCUGUUAAAUGGAUGGUUAGCAGCUGGGGAUCAGCCUGCCGGAUGGAGUAUGUUUAAUCAUGGGGUUCUCUCCGUGUAAUGUGCCUGACCUGACUUCCCUUUUUUUCUGCUUGCUUACUAAUACGAUUGUUGGUGCUUUGCGAUUGCAUCUCUUACAGUCUCUUUAAUAUUACAUUCCAAUAAAUAAUAGAUCAGUAGAACAUUUCCCUUAGUUGAGGCUUGCUUUUAGCUGAGUACAAGGUUAUUCUUUACCAGUACCUCUGUCAGUUGUUCAAAGAAUAAAUAAAUUGUUGUCUCCCAUCUUUUGUUUUCUCCCUUGUAAAGGAAGCUUAAUACCUUUUGAAUCCUAUUGCCUGAGUGUGCCAUCUGCCUUGUUUGAGGAAGAUGGUCCUUGGCAGAAAAAACAGUGGUGUCUAAUCUGAAAUUCUAAAUUCUGUAAGCAUAUUGCCAGUAGAGGUGCAAGCUUCUACUAGACAGAGUUAGACUUCAGUCUCUCUACUAGUAUAAGAACAUUUCCCAUUUGUUCUUGCCAUAUGUUAAGAAAGGAUAAUGUAUUUCAUGUGGGAUUUAGAAAGAAAUAACUUGCAUUGGAUGAGGAAGUUGUGUCUGGAAGGAUCAAGAUUGGUUUAGAUGGAGAAUUAAGGGGUUUUUUAUCAUAAUAAAACUUUCUGCUACCUUAAGGAAGUCCAAAGGUGAGCAAAAUGUGUCAUGUUAUUUUGAGGUAAGAUUUUUGUUUUCUAAAAAGAGUAUAUACACAGAUACCUCACAGAAGGUGGAGUAGCUAUGAGUUGGAGCAUAACCUCAUGUCAGUCCAGUUCAAGAGUGGCUCCCUCACUGGCAUCACCAAGGCAUGUCUUCUGAGCCUUGUUGAAAGUUAACAUUGAGUGGCACUACCUGGGAGGGCUGACUCAAUCAAGGCUGCUAAAUGACAGCACAUUCCUGCAAAUAAUUCCUCUUCAGAUUAUACCCCAAAUUUAUGUGUUGGUGUAUGUUCCAGAUAACAUGAGUUUCCUCUUUUGUGUUUGUUUUCAAAUCUCACUUCAAUGGUAUUCUGCACUUUUAGGAAACAACUGCUUCACAGCAAUAUCUUUUAUUCUACUGUAAAUUAAACAUAACAUAAUGAUUGAUGUUCAUGACUAGAGAACAUUAUUUAAUGUAUUUGGACGUGUUUUUCACAACAAUUUGUUUGAGAUUAUUUUCCUCCCUGACUAUUAGCUAUUUGUAAUAGUUCUCUGAAAAUUACUGCCAAUAAAUUACAUGUUGACAGAGGUGGCUUUAA